AUCAUUGUCUUACCCACUCACUCUUUCAGUGGUUUCAAGUCUUUCGUUAAUUUUUUGGACAACGCGUCAAUCAUGAUGAACUCAAAGACCCUCGUUAAUUUCUUGGUGUGUCUCAGUGUUGGGGUUUCUGCUGGACCUUGCAAGCCGAUCACUUCUCAAGCCACCCAGGUCACCUCCGCAACGACGGAAUUGUCGACAUCAAUUGACCUGACCACCACGAUCACGGCAUCUGAUGCCACUUCUACAGCUGAGCUGAGCUCUCAGACAACCGAAGACUCCACCACUGAGAUCUCAACGACGACUACCGCUGCCGACACCACCUCAGAGGCACCAACCACGACUACUGAGGAAGCAUCAACAACGACAACCGGUCCAGCGCAAUGUCCUACCCCCCCGGCCUGCGACAACCUCGGCUUUGACUGGGCAUACUACAACAAUCCUGCUCAAAACACCGACACGACCUACUCCAGCUUCGUCCCCCAAUCCUUCAAGCGGGUCAACCCCCUCUACGUUGGCACAACCCGUCAAGUCGGCGGCCUCUACCAAUCCAGCAACAAUGCCGCUUCAGGUCCCAUCUACGGCUCAACACAAGACCUCAGCCUUGACUACUUCGCCCUGAACCACCACGGUUAUCUGUAUUCUUGCGACGCUGGUACCUACAAGUUUGACAUUCCCUACGCUAACGACGCUGUAUACCUCUGGAUUGGCGCAAGGGCGUACAGUGGUUGGAGUUCGGGCAACGCUGAUGCCAAGGCUCUGUAUAACCAGCCUGAUCACAUUGCUGGUAGUGCACACUUUGAGAUCAACCUCCCUGCUGGUGUAUACAUUCCCAUUCGGUUCGUCUAUGGUCAGGCUCAGUAUGGCGGUGGCUUCACUUUCACGGUCACAGCUCCCAAUGGGCAGGUCCUCGUCGGUAAUGAUGUGACCGCCAGUCCAUACAUCGUGCGCAACUCUUGCGAUGGCAUUACUGCACCCACUUAUCCACCUUUUGGUUCGGAGAUUUAAGUUAAUGUUGAGAGGAAUAUCUGGGAGCAUGGUUCAUUCUGUUCGUGGCAAUUGCUGCCGAAAGUCAAAUUGGCUUUAUAAUAGUGAUUAUAUUAAUUGAGAACUUAACGCACACUACAUUUAUGAACUGUG